UCUUUUUGUUUUGUCCAGGGAAAGUUGAGAGUGUCGCCGACCGCCUCCUUCAUUCCGAACAGCUGAAAACUUUAAUGAAUUUUCGUGAGUCUCAUGACGUGGCUGCUAACUCCUACCACCGAUUUAAAGAAGAUGUGGCGAAAGCUAAAGAGUUGAAGCUCAAUCUGUACCGAUUCUCCAUAUCAUGGGCUCGCCUUCUCCCAACUUCUAAUCCAUCUGAAGUAAAUCCGGAAGGUCGGCAAUUCUACCACGACUUGAUCAAGGAGAUCAAGGACAAUGGUAUGACUCCAAUGGUAACGCUGUACCACUUCGACCAUCCUCAAAGUUUGCAGGAUGAAUUUUUCGGUUGGGAAAGUGACAAGAUGAUUGAGAAGUUUGUCGCAUACGCGGACUACGUUUUCAAGGAGUACGGCAAUGAGGUGUCGCUGUGGACCACUAUAAAUGAGCCGAACCAGUACUGCAUGUAUUUUAACAUGCUUUUCGCGCUCAGCGGUCUGGUCAAGGCUUCGGACGUCAACAUCCAUCGAUGCAUGCACAACACGAUCCUGGCACACUCGAAAGCAUACCGCCUUUACCAGAGAGAGUACUACCCAUCCCAGAAAGGUCGGGUUGGAGCGACGGCCCUCCUUAUACACGCGGAGCCUCAAACCGCGUCGCAACAAGACAUUUACGCAGCCGAUGCUUUCAACCAGCUACAUUGCGGACAGGUGCUUCACCCCGUUGUGUACGGAGACUACCCCGACCUCGUCAAGAAACUAACGCCUAGCGAUCAGUUCAUCCCCUUCACCCCAGAAGAGAAAGCAGAACUUGAGGGCUCCACUGACUUCAUAGCGCUGAACAUAUACGACGGUGUGAAGACAGAGUAUUCCAGUACAGGCUAUGCAUCACGAGACAACGUUCCACCGGUCUAUGAUCAGCUUCUCGAAAAUCUUCCUUUCGUGAAAUUUGACAAGGAUGGAACUGCGCUCAUGGUGUUUGACAAGAUUUCACCCGAGAUCAUGACGCGAUCGCUUUUGUGGACGUGGAGUCAGUACGGGCUGCCCAUCGUCAUCACGGAGAACGGGUACAGCGGCGCGGGACUGCAGGACCACGACAGGGCGGCUUACUUCAGCGUCAACCUCCGCAAUCUGGUCUCCACAAUACGCGACUAUGGCGUCAAAGUGUGGGUCUACUGUGCCUGGAGUUUAAUUGAUGCAUUCGAGUGGAGUGCUGGCUUCAAUCGCCCGUUUGGUCUCGUUUACGUGGACUACAAGUCAGGGUCUCUAGACAGAACUCUCAAACAGUCGUCAGAAUUCUUCAUAAAAUUGGCCAACUCCAGAAAAGUGCCCUAUGUCGCACCUUCCACAUCUGCUACAACAGUAUCUUCUCUGAUCUCAGUUUUUCUACCUAUUGUACUUCUAAAGAUAAGUUGGGAAUAAAUGUUUCCUUUACUUAAAAGGGACCGGACUGCGA